AGCGCUCCUUUCCAAUAAACGCGAUGAGCACGACGCCCGCGCCACGACGUUCUACGCGUGAGCGGAAGAAUGUCCCCGUCGUGACUCCAGAUGACGCGCUAACGAAGGGCAAACGAAAGCGCGCGACUAGUGUUGACGAAGACGAAGACGACGAAGACGACGACCCGAAGCCUAGGCGGAAGACAAAACAAUCUGCUGCUGCUGCUAAGAAGCCACGCAAGACGGCGCGUAAGGUGAAGGAGGCUCAAGACGCGUUUGAUCCUGAUGAGGCCGCGAAAGACUCCAAGAUCAACGCAGACAACCCGCUCUUUAACGCGAUUCUUAAUCCUGCCGCCGCCCUGCAAUCGACAGCUGAAGACUUCCUCGAGUCGUUGGACCAAUCUCCCGAGCUGGCAUUGGCAGAGCUCGUCAACCUUGUCAUGCGAGCAUGUGGGUGUAAUGAAACUUUGAGCGCAGAUCAGGUCGCCGACUUCGACGGGAUCAUCGAUACUCUAGACGACGUGACGGAGGAGUUGAAGAAAGAGCAAUCUCUUACAGCAUAUCCACUCACGUCGAGGCUGCCAGUCUUCAAGAAGUUCCGAAAAUCGUUGCACGAGUUUCUUGACCGUCUGAUAUCCUCGGCGGCCUCACUGGGCUUCCUCUAUAAAUCAGAAAUGAUUCCGACGCUACAGGCUUGGGUCAUUGCCAUGUCCAGCUCCAACAUCCGAAGCUUCCGACACACGGCCACAGUUGUGGCCCUGGAGUUGGAAACCGCGCUUUGUGAAGUGGCUGCUGCUGUUGAGAAGGAGGCAGAGUUAAAUGCCCGUCAACGCGAGGGAGAGAAGAAGCGCCGUGCCGGCAAAGCGGCGGCCACUGCUCAAGACAAGAGUGCUCUGGACAGCAAGUCCACGGAAAUACGUGCCCGACGCGAUAAGCUCAAGGAGUUUAUCAAAGACUUUGUGGAUGGGGUCUUCAUCCAUCGUUAUCGAGACUUGGAUCCCCUCAUUCGAGCGGACUGCACACUAGCCCUGGGCGAGUGGUUCACUAAACAUCCUGCUCAUUUCCUCGAUGCUGCCUAUCUGCGAUACAUUGGCUGGGUUCUCUCAGACAAUGCAACACCUGUUCGCCUCGCUGCCUUGAAAGCGCUCACUGGGGUAUACGCACAGCCUACAUAUGCUCCUCAAGUGCACCAUUUCACGGAGCGCUUCAAGGGGCGUCUGCUCGAGAUGGCUGCACGUGAUGCGGAGCCUGCCGUGCGGGUGGCUGUUCUUGGUGUGCUGGAGCAACUGGGCGCGACCGCCUUGGAGGACGACGAGCGCGAGCAAGUUGCCUUGUGUGUAUUCGACAUAGAACCCAAAGUGCGGCGUGCAGUGGGCGGAUUCGUGCGGACGUGUUGGGAAGAAGCUCUGGAGGAGCGGCUGAUCGGGCAUCAGGGGAAAGUCACGGAUGACGAAAAGGCCAAAGCGGGUGUCAAGGCAUUCGGAAGUGUGCUGGUCCGAUGGGGUCGUCGUCUAGAUGCAGACGAGAAUGGAGAGCUGGACGGAUCCCAGGCCGAGAGCGACAGCGGAGAGUCUCGUCCGGGCAGAAUCAGCAAGGCCCCUGGGCACCUUUCGGGAACAUCCGCCGAAGACCGGAUGGGUCGUGCAGGGAUCAUUGUCGAAGCAUUGUGGGAUGAAGUGGAUGUUGUCAGGGAUUGGGAGGCGGUGCUCGACGUUUUGCUACUAGAUCACUCCUCGGCAGGCGAUGGUUCCGCUCCUCGCAAGGGCAAAGCCAAUGGCAAGUCCGCUGCGUCUAAGCGGACUGACGACAGCGUGAUUGACGAGGCAUGGCGGUUGGACGAGGAUGAAGAGACUGUUCUCCUGGAGGUCUUUGUCGCCUGUCUAAAGUAUGCCAAAGAAUUUGUCAAGAAGGGCAAUGAAGAUGCGAUAGCUAAUGACAUCACACGCGAACUUAUCAAAGGCCUACCCCGACUAAUUAUGAAAUACCAAACUGACCAGAAUCGCAUUGCGAAUGUAUUGACGAUACCCACUCUACUGAAUCUCGAUCUCUACCUGGAGAUGCGAAUGAUCACGAGCUACGCGGCUCUAUGGGACGACAUGAUCAAACAGUUCUUGUCACAUUCUUCUCCGACGGUCCUGAACGUAGCUGUUCAGUCACUGAUGUAUCUCAUGACGGCGACUUCGCUGUCGAACACCAACAACACCAAAAUCCUUGAACUCGAGGAUGAAUUAUCAUCGGCCCUACAUGCUGCUGUCGGCGGACGCGAUGAAAUCGAGGUCGCCACCUUCGAUGAGGACGAGGUGAUCGCCCUUGCAGCACUAUGCGCGAGAUUGUCUGUGCUGAGCGGCUACCGUGAUCUGACUGGCUGGAUGGAAGAGGAGGAAGACGGCAAGCAAGCCAGUGCGCUGAAUAUCUUCCACGCGCUUGUUGAUCGCGGGAGACUCGGUUAUAAGGAGGAGGGAUUCAUGAUCACUCAAGCACUCGAGGUGCUCACAAAACAUCUCUUGUGGAAGACAAAAAAGCUUCGACCUGAGGAUGACAUGAGUGAGGAGGCUGCGGCUUACCGCGAGAAGCUCCAGGAACAGCGAGAUAUGUUUUUGGAGAAGCUGGUCGAGUACUCGGUAGGAACUCAGUCGAACACGUCCGAGGCGGUCCAAAGAACGGCCUUCAUGUGCCUCGUGAACAUGUAUAUCCUAUUUGGCGAGCGGAUGUCCAUCACGCUGGACGACGAGGUUCAGUUCCGUUGUGCAGGAUACGUUCAAGCGCAAGUGGAGCGAUACGCAGAAACGUUGGAUAGUGACGACGCCGAGAAGCCCAGAGACGUGGACCCCAACUCUACAUCACAGCUCUUGACAGAGUAUUCCUUCAUCGAGCUCAUUGUCACGUUCCUCCGCGCGAUCAAAACCGGUGUGUUGCAUGUGCGGCAUACUGCCAUUCUACUGCCCCAUUACGGCCGACUGGGCAAUACAUUCGACCAGUUCAUCAAAGUCAUUGUCGAUUUGCUCAGGGAAGACGCGUUGGAACAGGACCACAGUGACGUCGUUGUCACAGUCAUCAACAAGUCCUUGGAAGAAGCCUUUGCGAUGGUCUUGGACGAAGUCGUCGAGGACGAAUCGAACGUGUUGCAGCUGGCUAAACAUCUGGCGACCACCUUCACCCUACGGGGCGCACAUCUUGCUGUCUUGAAGCGCAUGGAGGUUCAGUAUAUUGUGCAGAUUCAGACGACAGCCUUGUCUUGGCUUGCCAAGCGGAUUGAGGGCUACGAGGCCAACGAGAACAAGCGUGGUUUGAAGAUUGCUACGACGUGCUUCCGAGCGCUGGUUCCGCUGCUAUCGAACAUACAGAGUCGUGAUGCGAUGAAGAUCAAAGCGCAUCUGGAUCAAGUGCUUGCAGAGGCGAGUGUCGAGCUUUCCUCGACGUCCAAGAUCUGGGAACCAUUGCGAGCGUAUGAGAAAAGGCUACAGGCGAUUUUGAAUAAGGAGAAAGUUCCUGGCACGAAAGGCCGCAAGGUCAAACUGUCGAGGGGUGAUGGCCUUACAUCCAGUGAGGACGAAACCGAAAUGGAGCAGUUGGUUGAGGAAGAGGCAGCCGCGCGGCCGAAGCCUCGGCCCAGAGCACGCAAGCUUUCAAAGAAGAAGAAGAAUAGCAAGAAUAGUGAUGACGACGACGAAGAUGGCGAUGCUCCCGCGCCGAAAUCAAAGCCUCAGCGGAGAGCUCGUCGACUCGCCGACAACAAUGUGGCGAGCGGCGCUGACAACGAAGACGACGCCGAGGUCGAUGUUGUUCCAACUCCUCCUCGGACUAGGCCUCGUAGGCUGUCGACCAAGAAGACUCCCGUGACUGAGGUAGACACAGACGGAGUUGAUGAUGAUGAUGAUGAGGAGGAGGACGAGGACGAGAAUGGGGAGGACGAGCCGGCGCCGCCCACUCCGAAAGCGCGCCCUCGGCCACGCGCUACAUACCAGAGCAAAGCAGCUUCGCCGCUACCUCCUCAAGCAUCUUCUCCGGCCCCCAGUGCUCUGUCAGAUGUGGCUGCCCCGUCCUCUGCCAACUCGAAGAAGCGCUCGCGGCCAGACGAUGCGGAUGUCGAAGACGAAGUGCCGGAGACGCUCCGAGGAGAGUCGGAACGCGAGGCCACGCCUAUGGGUGAUAAGCAGGUCCGCCGAAAACGGGCCAGGCGUUGAGGAUGACUGUUGUUGUUGUAACUUAUAUCACUGCUCGCUUUGCAUUUGCUCUGAGUGUAUUACUAGAUUUUUGUUGUAUGUAGGCCCUUUUGUCGGGUUUGCCAAUGUGGACAUGCAAGUGUUGGGUGUUCUUCGUACUAGAGCUGGUGGUCCUUGCAAACUUGGCCCUUGGCUGCAUGUAUUUGUCACAGUCCGAUUGCAGAUAAUGUCCCUUCCCCGUUAUUUGCCACAGUCCGACUGCAGAGAAUGGCACAGUAGCCGCGCGGAGAUUACGGAGUUCUGUCGAGGAUGGCGGUGCCGUGCGACCGGCAAUGGGGCGAUCAGAUGGAGGCAUUUAGGUGGGCACGAGAAUGGGCGCAGCCCGGGCCUCGCAAUGGCCAAGGGAUUUAUCAGACUCGUCUUUAGCGGCCUAUGUCCGCAUUCUGCAUAGAUGUCGAGAAUGCACUGUGUUCUCAGAUAGAAAUGAGUCCAAGCUGGCAUCGGCCGGCCGCCGAAAUCUCAUCUGUUCGCCGGUUGACCUGCACCCCAUUCCUGUCCGGACCCUCGACGUCCCAUCUCUCCCAUCUUUGUGGUGCAGUCCCACCGGUUGCACAGAUAGAUCUCCACUUCUUCUUCCCAUCGGUGGCCAACAGUGCGACUCGGAGAACUCGAUAUUGGCUUCGCUUUCACCCCUGCCCGCCCGUCGUCACGGCUGUACUCCAUUCGCCACCCGGGGCGCAUUCAUCGCACACGCGCGGAGAUGCUAUUGCCAGCACACGGGGUCGAGUCGCCAGCGCUCCCCCGCCAGGCUGAGGGCGCUGCGCUGCGCACAUACCCCGACGUCAGGCUGUCGUACGGUCCCCUGCUCAUUGGGGUGUUCGUCAAUUUGAUGUUAUAUGGUGUCUUCGUCGGCCAGGCGCUCACGUACUUUCAAAGUUUUGUGUUGGUGCCUCGGUCCGGGUCGACUGCGGGCAGUGGGGGGAUUGCGGGCGGACGCCAUUCGGGAUCGCGGCCGGCGAUGCACAGGGACACUUGGCCAAUCGUGUUCCUCGUCUCGUAUCUGUGCGUGAUAGAGACCAUAAACACCUUUUGCGACAUGGGGAUAGUAUACCAGCCGCUGAUAUUGGACUACGGACAUGACCUGGACCACUGGCCGGCGCUGUUCUGGACAGAGCCCUUGUUGGUGGUCCUGGUCUCUACCCCGAUCCAGAUAUUCUUCGCAUACCGCAUCUGGGCUCUGACGCACUCGCGAUGGCUCCCCUGCAUCGUCAUCGUCUGUGCGGCUACUUCGCUGGUCGGCGGGCUUGCCACAACGUCUCGCGUCUUGUUACUCGGGACCUUCGCCAGCAAACCAGCCUUGCACCCUCCGGCUCUCGUUUGGCUUCUCGGAAGCGCGGUCUCAGAUGUUUGUGUCACGACAGGUCUCGUCUGGGGCCCUCGGGGGUUGUCACAUCGCAAGACUGGCUUUCUUGCUACGGACGGUGUCAUUGACCGGAUCAUACGAACGACCAUCCAGACUGGCAUGAUGACGUCGAUGUUCAGCAUUCUCGACGUUAUCUGUUUCAUGCUGCUCCCGCAUAAUGCAAUCAACUUCGUUUUCGACUUUCCUCUGAGCAAGCUGUAUUCAAAUGCACUGCUCUCGACGCUGAACCAUCGCGCGCGACUGGGUGCACAGGCUAUGUCCGACUCGCAAGAUACACAGUCCGUUCGAGACGGUGUGCGGGGCUGUGGAUGCGACCAUGACGAGGGUCGUCGAGAACCCGGCACAUCGCAUGCCCUGGUCUUCGAGGACAUGGCCCUCGUUUCCGGCGGCGCGGGGUUGGCCACGACCGGCUUCGGGGAGCUGAAAUUGGAUGAAGAGGAUGCGAUCGACGAGGAAGGCGACAUAGAUGGAGAGAAAGAAGGGCUUGAAGAACUAGACAUCGUCGAGACUCCUCGAGAUCGGCGAGAUAUCCAUCCUGGCUGCCGUCCGCCAUAAAGGACCACUCAACUUGCUUUCGUCGGUUAUUUUUUUGGAUCCGCAUUGUAUUAUCUCCUGCAUUUAUCGCACUGUUUAUCGAUAUACUAUCAUCAGCUUGCUCGCUAUAACGCUCAUUAUUUCAGUUCAGUCGUGUGUGUAAUGUUAUCCGAAUGCUCCUGUGGUCAAACAACGAAUAGCAAAGCGUAAGCGCU